AUGGGCAGAGACAUGGAUUCAGGUGAGAGCUACCUGCUGCCGGCCUCCACACUAACACCCGCCAGGCCACUGCGCGGCGCGUUGUCGCGGCGGUUGGAGGGCUUCAGAGGCACAGGCACGCCCCCGCGCCUACUGAAGGAGGCCUCGCCGGACGCGGGCUCCACCUCCGGGCGCGCCAGCGAGGCGACGGUGGUGCCCCUGGAGCCCAGUUUCGCUUCCGACGGGGAGACUAAGGUGGAGUGGCUGCGCCAAGAGCUCGAACGAUGCCAGGCGGAGCGGACCUUUGCGGAGGAGUCUCAGCGGGAGCUUGAAGCGAGGGUGGAGUGCCAGCGUCAAGCCUUCGAAGCAGAGAGGCAGCAGAUGUUGCGCCGAAUGGCGCACUUGGAGUCGGAGCGCCGCCAAGUGGGCCAGGCCUUGGAGCUGCUGGCGCGGUCCCUGCCGCCCACUUCCGCCCUGCAGCUGGCCCAGCUGGCUGGGCGCCUGACAGGAGACCCGGAGAAUUGCAGCCCGAUGAGCCCGAGCUCGCAGCAGUCGGAGGCCUCCUCCGUUGCACGGAUCUUGUGCGACUCGGAUGGCUCCGGCCAUGCCUCCAGGCGCAGCAGCGCCAACUGA